UCGGUUUGUCAGUUUUGUAGUUCCUGUGUAGUUGACCUGUCAGCGUUGUAGUACAAGCUGUCACUGCUGAUAAUUUGUCCUGUCCUUCUGGUAGUUGCAGUUUUCCGCCAGCGACACAGCGAGCUCCAGGGCGUGGGGGCACACGGGAUUAUUCGUACUUAACCGUUGUUGCUGGUGUCAGCUAAACGAACGAGCUAACGGCUAAAGUUAGCUAACAAGCCAGACAGCCUGACAGCUAGCCUGCUAGCUAGCUGUCGACGGUAGCUAGCUGGGGUUUUUUUUUCCAGUUAGCUAGCUAACCUGCUGGCGGUACGACGCUAGGAAGCCGCCCACUCCUGCAAAGCAGCUUUCCGGACAAAAGAGUGAACGAUGGAGGCCCAGAGCUCCAGCGGACUGCUGCUGUCCAGAAAGAGGAGAAGAGAUGGCUCCAAUGGGGAGACCGAGGAGGGAGAGAGGCUUGGGAAAAUCCCCAGAUGUACUGUGGGAUUGAAGCAUCCCGCACCUUUCGCAGAUGAGCUGGAGCCUGCAGAUGGUAAACCCUAUGAGAGAGUCACCAUGGAGCAAGCCAAGAGGGGAACACCACCUGACAGGCCGGUGCGGGUGUAUGCAGACGGCAUCUUUGACGUUUUCCACUCGGGUCACGCCAGAGCACUCAUGCAGGCAAAAUGCCUUUUCCCAAAUACGCACCUCAUUGUUGGAGUGUGCAGUGAUGACCUGACCCACAAAUACAAGGGCUUCACAGUGAUGAACGAGGACGAGCGCUACGAUGCCAUCAGACAUUGUCGCUACGUGGAUGAAGUGGUGCGAAACGCUCCCUGGACGUUAACGCCGGAGUUCCUCGCAAAACAUCGCAUUGACUUUGUGGCCCAUGACGACAUCCCAUACAUCUCAGCAGGCAGUGACGAUGUGUACAAGCACAUUAAAGAAGCUGGUAUGUUCGCUCCCACCCAGCGCACAGAGGGCAUCUCCACCUCCGACAUCAUCACACGCAUAGUCCGGGACUAUGAUGUGUACGUCAGACGCAACCUGCAGAGAGGAUACACAGCAAAGGAGCUCAACGUCAGCUUCAUUAACGAGAAGAAGUACCACCUGCAGGAGCGCGUGGACAAGGUGAAGAGGAAGGUCCGUGACGUGGAGGAGAAGAGCAAAGAGUUCGUCCAGAAGGUGGAGGAGAAGAGCAUCGAUCUUAUCCAGAAAUGGGAGGAGAAAUCCAGGGAGUUCAUCGGCAACUUCCUGCAGAUGUUUGGCCCUGAGGGAGCUCUGAAACACAUGCUGAAGGAAGGGAAGGGCCGCAUGCUGCAGGCCAUCAGCCCGAGGCAGAGCCCCGACAGCAGCCCCACCCGUGAGGAGCGCUCCCCUUCUCCCACCUUCCGUCUCCCCUUCUUCACCAAGACCUCCCCGCCCCCCUCGCCUCCACCCCACCACAGCGGGGCCCGCGGAUACCUCAUCAGCGAGGACGACGACGAAGACGACGAAAACUAGAGCGCGUUUGAAUCCUUCGCUUUCGUCUUGGGGGGGAGAGGGGCUGCAGUCAGUGCUACUGGUUAACUGAUCUGUCGAGUCACGUGGUUUUCAUCGAGCUCCUGCUUCCAUUUUCCUUGUUUGUUUAUGAUUUUACUUUGAAAUUUAGCACUUCAGUCACGUUCACUUAAACAGACAGUUUCUCCACCGCUCUUGUUUUUAACAGUCCUCAUUUUUUCUUGUGUUAACGGUCAGUACAAGUUACCACUAGUCACCUGAGUUCUUUGAAAAUGAAUCUCAUUUAUUUCAGUCACUUUUGAUGUUAUUAGUCACUCACUGGCACUUAGGAGUUUUUGCAGGGGUUUACACUCGGUGCACUCUUCCGCCUGUGACGGUAUUCUUGAGGUUGUCAUUGUAGUUGAAGUUUUUUGUUUCUGUCACGGCUUUAGUGGAAGGGCUCGCAGGUUUUUGGUCACUUGUUGGAACAGCACAUGUAGUUUGGUGAGCUGAGACCUCACAUCAGAGACACUGCUGGAUUUUCUCCAGGGGAGCUUUUUCAGAGCAGAAAACUGGACUUUACAAAAGAUCUGCUCACGUGGGGGCAAUAUUCUGCUCGUAUUAACAAGCAACCAACCUGGCUUUUUCUUUCUUUUUGUCUCUUAAAUAACAGGGAAACUCCAGAUUACAUCAGAUCUGAGAGUCGAGUGUUAAAUGUCUACUUACAGCCGCUUUUCCCCACGUUCGUCUGCCUGCUUCGGGGGUUGUCAGUGUGUGUGUGUGUGUGUGCAUGUGAUGUUUGUGCGUGCAAGCUCUUACGUCAGCAUGUUUGAAAUGUCUUCUGUCAUCAUUCUCCACCUCGUGACAGAUGUGGGUUCAGCUUUGACUUGACUGCAUAUAGUAAUAAAUUUGCUUUUAAAUGUUCUUUGUCUGCUGACAAGAUUCGGUCUUUGGAAGACUAGUAGUUUGAAACUGGACGCCUUUCCUGUGGCGUGAAGAAAGUCAUGCAAGGACGACCCGUUUUAAAUGUAGAAAAUACUUAUUUUUGUAGAUUUCCUCUGUCCUUUCUUUGUCCUGUGUACAGAUAACGAUCGCAAUCGUCCCUGUUUAGAAGUGCUUUGACAGUCGGAGCUGUGAAUCAACAUGAGCAAGGCUGGAGUAUUUUUCUGCAUCACCUGGGCCUGUAGGGAAGUAAUAAUAUCCAUCUGAUACACAUGAUGACAAUAAAAAGUAUUACGUUUUUCACAUAGCAGAGACGACCUGAGAUCUGUCUUACUGCCCCACUUCUUAUCUUUCGGUUAGUUGGAGCACAAACGGGAUUGUUUUCUGAAUACGGCCUCCUCAUUGGCAGCACGCAAACAGCAAAAUGUACAAGCCUGUCCCAAAAAUAUACCAAUCCAAAGGUGAACCUGACGUGUCUUUUGGCAGACACGACUGCAGCAUGAGGGGUCAAAUAAAAAAAAAACAAAACUUCAGAUCAACAUUUUACGUAGCUACCUCCUCUUUCCCUAAACUGGUUCUGUUUCCUGACAUGAGCACAAGGGACGAGCAUUAUUUUUCCUCUCUGAUCGGAACCAUUGUUGCAGCACCGAAGCAAAAUGACUGGGUCAAAUAUUUCAGAUUUUCUGGGCUCGGUGCGUCUCGUCUCAAGCGAUCAUAAAAGCUUGUUUUGUUUCUUGUACAACUGAAAAAUGAAACAUCACAGGUGGAUCUGAAGAUGUAACACAGUACUGUCAGAUGACACUAACAUAAAUGCUGACGGAUGUCGGAUUGAUCUGUUCCAGGCUCGGUUUCCCAAAAGCACUUGUGGUUUCAAUCAGCCGACAAAGACUGCCUCUAUUCUUGUGGGUAUAAAUCAGAUUUUAAACGUUGGGAAAUAUCUGAAAAGGAUUACCACAGUUGUGAAGUUGUGCGUUUAGUAUUUAGCAGAGGAAAUCUAGCCUAGAUUCUGGUGCUAAGCUACUUUUGGGAAGCCUCGCCUUGAUUCUCGUGGAAUCUCUUCCCUUAAAUCCUCAGUAAGCGCAUGUCCACGUUACGAUUCAAGGUGGCAAAGACUCGAGGCCGAUGACGGCCACUACUACUAGAUACAAAUGUAAAUGUUUUUAACAGCAACUGGUUUAAAUCAUGUCUUCUUUUACUGUUUGCGUUUAUUUUUGUUUGUCUUGUAUGUAGAGAGAGAGCAAGACAGGAAAAAUGUAUUAAACAUGUUGGCCAAAGCA